UAGCGGCUGCCAUGUUGUCUCUCUCUGGCGGAAUCUGAGGACGGACGGCGGUGCUGUUAAGAUGGCGAACAGGCAGCAGGUGUACGACGGGCGCGCAGCAAAACGCCAGCGAACCGAAAACGAUGGCAACCGAGUAAGAGGAGCCGGAGGCCGGCAGCAAGAUGGCAGCUAUCUUGAAGAUCCUCACAAACCAUCCCCAUCCCCUGUGGUACAUGUUAGAGGAUUGUCUGAUGGCGUUAUGGAAGCAGAUCUUGUAGAAGCACUACAGGAGUUUGGUGCUAUCAGCUAUGUUGUGAUGAUGCCCAAGAAGAGACAGGCAUUAGUGGAAUUUGAAGAUCUGAAUGGUGCAUGUGCCUGUGUCAACUUCGCAGUUGAAAGUCAGAUCUAUGUUGGUGCACAGCCUGCUUUUGUGAACUACUCAACUAGUCAGAAAAUUUCCAGACCAGGUGAUUCUGAUGAUUCCAGAAAUGUGAACAACAUACUCCUCUUCACAGUGAUGAACCCCAUCUAUCCAAUUACAACAGAUGUUUUGUACACGAUAUGCAAUCCAUGUGGACCUGUACAAAGGAUUGUCAUAUUUAGGAAGAAUGGAGUCCAGGCAAUGGUGGAAUUUGAUUCUGUACAAAGUGCGCAAAGAGCAAAAGCAUCUCUCAAUGGAGCAGACAUUUAUUCUGGAUGUUGUACUUUGAAGAUUGAGUAUGCAAAGCCUACACGUUUGAAUGUCUUCAAAAAUGAUCAGGACACAUGGGACUAUACAAAUCCUACUUUGGGAGGACAAGGUGAUCCUAACAAGCGACAGCGCCAGCCAGCCUUGCUUGGAGAUCAUCCAUCUGAGUACGGGGCUCCCCAAGGAGGAUAUAGUCACUAUCCAGAUGAUGAUUAUGGUCCACCUACCCAUUACGAACGCCGAAGGAUGGGAGGCCCACCUCCAGUGGGUGGUCCUCACCGGGGCCCACCCAGUCAACGUUAUGGACCUCAGUACGGACCACCUCCUCCACCACCACCACCAGAAUAUGGUCCUCAAGCAGAAAGCCCAGUACUGAUGGUUUAUGGUUUGGACCCUUCAAGAAUGAAUUGUGAUCGAGUGUUCAAUAUCUUCUGUCUGUAUGGAAACGUGGAAAAGGUGAAGUUCAUGAAGAGUAAGCCAGGAGCUGCCAUGGUAGAGAUGGGAGAUGGAUUUGCUGUGGAUCGUGCCAUCGGCCAUUUGAAUAAUACUUACAUGUUUGACCAAAAAUUAAAUGUCUGCGUAUCCAAACAACAAGCUAUAAUGGCUGGUCAAUCAUAUGAGCUUGAAGAUGGGUCCUGCAGUUUCAAGGAUUUCUCUGGCUCCAGAAACAAUCGCUUCACCACUCCAGAACAAGCCAGCAAGAACAGAAUCCAGCACCCAAGCAAUGUCCUACAUUAUUUUAAUGCCCCUCCAGAGGUGACCGAGGAAGCCUUCUGUGAGGUAUGUGAUGAGUUGGGUUUGAAAAGACCAUCUGCCUUCAAGUUAUUUUCUGGAAAGAGUGAGAGGAGUUCUUCUGGCCUGAUUGAGUGGGAUUCAAAGAACGAUGCUAUGGAAUCGUUGUCUCUGCUGAAUCACUAUCAAAUGAAAAACCCAAGUGGCCCUUACCCAUACACUCUGAAACUCUGUUUCUCCACAGUGCAGCACGCCGCAUGAAAACUCAAAAUACUUCAGACAAGAUGGACUGCUAGCUGUUCUCCAUUAUUGUGACUGUUGUAUUUUAGUAUUUUAUGUGAAGUUGAUAACUUGCAGUAACCCUUCAUUUAUGUAAAAGGCAUGAGCCACAGUUUAUGAUGCAUAUUCCAGUUAUUUUUAUUUUGGUAGAUUUCAGUUUAAUCUUUUGUAAUCUGUAUUGUAGAAGUAAAAUGUCCCUUCAUUUUUAUUAGCUGGGAUUUGAUGUGAUCACAGCACUACAAGUGAAUAAAUGAACAGUUUAACUGGCAUGACUUUUUAAGAUGUUUUGGGGCAUAUUGAUGACUGAGCUGACAUCCUUCAGGUACACCUCUUGUGACUGUUAUAUUUUGUUUUGAUGGAUCUGGCUUACUUGUUGCUUCUGUCUGUUUUUCUCUCUGCCCAGUCAUUUUCUUAACUUUGAAGUCAUUCAGCUUAUUUGAAAUUUCAGGUUUAUAUCAAAUCUGUUGGAUGAUGACCUGGUGUCGUGUGACUUUGUGCACUCUAGCUCCAACAGUGGCUUCCCCAUAUUUUCUUAACCUAGGUUAAUUUAGAAUGCCACAGUUUGUUAUGAAGGACAUGGACACUUCUGGAAAUUGGUGUUUUUGACAUCCAUCAACAUUCCCCUGUUUGCUAUGUUAAGAAUCAUGUUUUCAAAUGAAUCCAGUCAGUGAUUUUGGAAGCAUGACCAAGCUUUCUCCAGUCAGUUGAAAUUUAAGGUGUUCAGUCGCUCUAGUCUAAGAAAGACUCUUAAUUUUUGUCAACAGACUGAAAAUUAAUGCAAUAUUGUCAAAGGGCCCAAUGACGUCUGACUGACCUUUUUUUUUAAAUUUCUUAAUGUAUAAUGUUUUUUGAUUUGGUACCCCUUACAAAUUUUUCUAACUCUUCUUGUCUCUUGCUAGGAGUGUUUUUAACUCUUUCUGUAUUUUUUUUAACAAGUGGCACUCUUGUUGUAAAUGGUUGUUGCAGAUCAUAUUUUUUACACCGACUAACCUGUCUUAUCCAUUAACACAGAUUGGUCUUGUCAUUUUUAACUAAACCUGCCCCUUGUGUCUCUGUCUGUGUCUCUCUCUCUGUCUGUGUCUCUCUGUCUGUGUGUGUGUCUCUCUCUCUCUGUCUCUCAGGUUCUUUCAGAGAGAGACACAAGGUUCUCAAUGCAUUCACAGUUGCCCAUUUCAAGGACUGCUUUUUGAUCAUCCGAUUUGCUGACAGAUAAAUAUUCACAUUGUUUAAUCCGAAUUUAUUGUGUGGCUCAUUUGGCAGGUCCCAUUUGAUUAAUUUACUUUUAUAUGUAAAAGUUAACUGCUUCCCAUUAAAACCCAUCUGGCUUUGCUGUUUGUUUUAAUUUUAAUCUCAGCAAUAUUGCAAGCUGUGUCACAGCAACAAUCAGCCUUGUACAACAUUGCUCCAAGUCUUUGUAGAAGUAGGAAAUGGGGAAAAGAUUUUUAAGUUUCCACUCAGUGUUGUGAUUUAUUUCUUUAAAGGUGUUCCUUCCUGUUUGAUGUGUCCUUAUCCUGUUGACCUUGCAGCCAGAUCCCCACACAGCAUCCAGUCCUGGCUGUCUCUUGGCUAAACCUUUUGCAACAGUAACCAUUCACACGCUCCCAAGUUUAAUUUUAUGCCUACAAUUGAUCCAUCUGACACUGCAAUUUAAAAAUCAUCAAUUUAACCAGUGGGAAAUCCAUUAACCUCAGUAGUCACUGAGCCAGUAGAAUAGGAUUUUGAAUAAUGUUGAUUCCCGCAAGUGUCAGGACAGGCAAGCAGUUUAUCUAACUGGGAUGUUUGUUUAUAUUUAACUAGUGACUAUUUGCCAGUGCUGCCCAGGAAUGAUUGGUCACAUGGGGACAUAACUCCUUUUGAACUGAGUGCAGUGGUGUCUCUUGUUGGAUGACAUUAAACAACUUCACUUUGUGACUUCUUGGUAGCCAUGAUUUAGAGAUGCCAGUGCUGGACUGAGAUGUACAAAGUUUAAAAAUCACACAACAUUAGGUUGUGCUUCCACUUAAACCUGUUGGACUAUAACCUGGUGUUGUGAUUUUUAACUUUUGUAGCCAAUUAGGUACCAUGGCAUCACCUUGUGGCCACUUGCUAAAUGUCCCCCCCAAAUAAAUCAUGGUUAACAGGAAAAGGUAAUAUGACUAAAUUUACAUUCGAAAUGCCCUAAUUUCAUCCAUCCUGCAAAGCUAUUUUUGUGCAUACCAUUUUGAUUCAAUUCCCCAUUUGAACCACUUCUCUUGGCACCAUCCCGUGAGAGCACAGGUUAUGACCAUAAGAUAUAGGAGUGGAAGUAAGGCCAUUCGGCCCAUCGAGUCCACUCCGCCAUUCAAUCAUGGCUGAUGGGCAUUUUAACUCCACUUGCCCACAUUCUCCCCGUAGCCCUUAAAUUCUUGAUGUCACAAGGAAUUAUCAAUCUCUGCCUUGAAGACAUUUAGCCUCAUGUCACCUGCCCUUCUGCUGCCUCAUUCAGAGUGACUGAUCCUAGAAUAUGCAAAUCACACUGCUCUGUACUACAGACACCAAGUGAGAAUUGGGUGAGCAUUUUAAGAGUCAUAGAGAUGUACAGCAUGGAAACAGACCCUUUGGUCCAACCUGUCCAUGCCGAUCAGAUAUCCCAACCCAAUCUAGUCCCACCUACCAGCACCCGGCCCAUAUCCCUCCAAACCCUUCCUAUGCAUAUACCUAUCCAAAUGCCUCUUAAAUGUUGCAGUUGUACCAGCCUCUACCACUUCCUCUGGCAGCUCAUUCCAUACCUGUACCACCCUCUGUGUGACAAAGUUGCUCCAUAGGUCUUUUUUAUUUUUUUUUUCCCCCUCACCCUAAACUUAUGCCCUGUAGCUCUGGACUCCAGGGAAAAGACUUUGCCUAUUUACCCUAUCCAUGCCCUUCAUAAGUUUGUAAACCUCUAUAAGGUCACUCCUCAGCCUCCGAUGCUCCAGGGAAAACAGCCCCAGCCAUUUCAGCCUCUCCCUGUAGCUCAGAUCCUCCAACCCUAGCACCAUUCUUGUAAAUCUUUUCUGAACCCUUUCAAGUUUCACAACGUCCUUCUGAUAGGAAUAAGACCAGAAUUGAACGUAGUAUUCCAACAGUGGCUUAACCAAUGUCCUGUACAGCUGCAACAUUACCUCCCAACUCUUGUUUUCAAUACUCUGACCAAUAAAGGAAAGCAUACCAAAUAUCACCUUUACUAUCCUAUCUACCUGCGACUCCACUUUCAAGGAGCUAUGAACCUGCACUCCAAGGUCUCUGUUCAGCAACACUCCCUAGGACCUUGUUAUUAAGUAUGUAAGUCCUGCUAAGAUUUGCUUUCCCAAAUUUUGCAGAGGUUUCAGCCUCCGAGUGCAACCUUUGGCUUCCAGCUGUAGACCGUUUCUAUUUUGAUCUCUGGUCUCAAACAGCUAAUGAACGUUGCCUAUAAAUUCAAGGAACAGCAGCUUGCUUUUAAUGUGGACUAAAGUGAGUUCAGCAGUUUGCAUAACUGGUUCAAAAUGUUUUGACAGUUAAUAGUUCUGCUUUCACAUACGCACCCUCUCUAAUUUUAUCUAAUCACAACUAUCUGUACCUUUUGUCACUUAAGCUUUUGUCCUCCACUUUCUUGCAGAUUUUCCCUUUUGAUAUUUCAUACCAACUUUCUCUGCUUCAGUACUUAUUUAAAGCCUAUAUUUUCUCAUUUCUGCCAAAAGUCCUAUCAACGUAAAAUUCUAACUUCUUUCUUCAAUGGAAAGAAGUAACACAAGACUAGCUCUAUCCUUACAAUACAAUCACAGCUGAUUCAAGCCUCUACCUUUUUCGUUUCUCCUUCCAGCUUCCUCGAUUGCCUGCAUAUCCAAAAUUCAAUGAGCCAUAAACAUACUAAAUAUGAACAGCCCUUUGGAAGAGUUGCGGCUGCAGGAUAGCACCUGUAUUGUGAUUUCUGGUUGGGUACAAUAAGAGCUUUGAAGACCAAUAGAGACUGGAAAAGAAGUAGGCCAUUCAGUCCAUUGAGUCUGUUGCACUGUUCAAUGAUGCAUGUGUUUUCUCUGGUUUCUUUCCACAGUCCAAAGAUAUGCAGAUUAGGUGAAUUAGCUGUGCUAAAUUGCCCAUCGUGUUCAGGAAUGUGUAGAUUAGGUGCAUUAGUUGGGGAAAUAUGGAGCAAUGAGGUUGGGGAAUGGGUCUGGGUGGGCCAAAUAAUCUGUUUCCACACUAGGGACUCCAUGACAUCAUGGCAGAUCUGAUCGUCCUCUACUGGCCUUUCCUCAAUUUUCUCCAAUACACAAUUUCCCUAUUUUAUUUUUGUUUUUAAAAGUCUCUGCCUCAAAUGUACUUAAUAGCCCAGCCUCAGUCAUAGAGAUGUACAGCAUGGAAACAGACCCUAUUCCAUUUGGCUCACUACCCUCACAUUUAAAUUACUAAUCUCUACCCUUUUGCACAUCUUAACUCCCCUAAGAAUCUUGUACGUUCUAAUGAGUACAAGCCUGACACAUUCAACCUCAAGAUAAUUCCCUUCAUACCCCAGGAACAACCUUUGUGAGUCUACUCUGAAUUGGCUCCAAUGCAAGUAUAUCUUUUCUUGGAUAUGAGAGCUAAAGCUGCUCACCGUAUUCAAGUGAGCUGAUCACUACCUUGUGUUGGUUCACCAAGACUUCCAUAUUUUUAUAAUCCAUUGCAUUUGAGUAAAGCUCCUUUUAUUACAAUAUUCCAUCAGGGCGAGAAACAGAGUAAAUAUCAUUUCCAGUUGAAGAUACUCAUUUGCAAUUCAUGCUCCUUUUCAACUUGUGUUUUCCUGGAACUUUUGAAUUCUUUUACUUAAUUGCUUAACUCUUAAACAUUUUGGGCUUUUUUUUUCAAUCUUGCACUUCCACACACUUUUGAGCUUAUUUUGCUCAAUGGAAGCUUUUCUAAGCAUCUUUUUCCACUUGUUUACUGUUAAACUUUUCUCCGAUUUUUCUCAAUGUUGUAUAAGCUGCUUGUUUUGUUAUUAAAUUUAUUCAUUUGCAUUAUACCUCCUUGCUUGUUUUGACAAUUUUUAUCUGUUUCAGCAUUUUCCCAGCAUUUUUAUUGCAUUUUUGAAAUUUCCUGACUUUGGAACAUUUUCAUUUUAUGUAGAGAAGUGGAGGUCCUUUUGAACCUGCUGUGUUACUUAAAUAUGAUCAUGACUGAUCAUCUAACUAUAUCAUGCUAUUUCAUACCCUUUAGCUCUGCGAACUAUGCUGAGUCCUUAAACAUUUGAUGUUUUGGCCUCUGCCGCUGUAUGCACAUAAACAGCAAUAUAACUUUUUGCAUUGUACUCCUUUUUGCUUUCCAAGAUUUUGUAAAUGUUUUCCUGACAGUUCAGUCUUUGAAUUUAAUAUUAAAUUUUCCUCACUUUGCUUAUUGAUUUUA